ACAUUGCCGUGGCAACCGUUGCUAGGGUAGGAUGCGCGGCUCCGAUUGGCGGAGGGCGCUGUCAGUCCGUGGGGCGGGGCUACGGAUCGAAGCGGUCAGCUGUGACGGGGGGUCGGGGAAGUAGCUCUGAUUGGUCGAACGCAAGGUGUGGGCGGUACCUGGUCCUUUCUGACGUUGACCCGGGGGAGGUGUAACGACCUCCUAUUGGCCGCUGGCGCUGCCCGUCAUGUGCGGGGGCGGGACCUGGUCGCCGGUCACGUGAGUGACGAGGCUGCUCAACGCCGGGAACCUGGUCCUUUCUGACGUUAACCAGGGUUUUGCAGCCGUUGCUGUGGACGGAGAGACGGGAAUGUGAGCGGUCAUUGAGGGCGGCCAGGGUGCCGGUGACCCGCCCCCCUCCACCCAUCUGCUCGGUGUGCAGGCUGAGCUUCGAUGAAGGACCUCAUGACGGGGAACAAGGAGAAGCGUUAUGUGUGCGAUGUGUGUGGCAAGGCCUGGCAGUACCCGUGCCAUCUGGAGACGCACCGGCGAGAGCACACGGGAGAACGCCCCUUCGACUGCACGGAGUGUGGCAAGAACUUCACCCGCUAUGGCCACCUGCGGCGGCACAUGCGCGUGCACUCCGGCGAGAAGCCCUUCACCUGCUCCAACUGCAGCAAGAGCUUCAAGACAACGCAAGAGCUGACGAAUCACCGGCAAGUGCACACGGGCGAGAAGCCCUAUGGCUGCUCCAUCUGCGGCAAGAGCUUUGCCCGUUUGUCAGGGCUGCAAGAGCACCGGUGGUUUCACAGUGGUGAGCGGCCCUUCUUCUGCUCCGACUGCGGCAAGGGCUUCACCCGCUCCAACAGCCUGCUGGAGCACCAGCGCAUCCACACCGGCGAGCGCCCUUACACCUGCACCCAGUGCGGCAAGGGCUUCACCAGCUCCACCAAGCUGCUGAUGCACCAGCGGGUGCAAGCCGGCGACCAUCCCGUCCCCAGCCCAGUGUGUGGAUAGCGCUUUGCCAUGGCUUCCCACGCCCUGCCUCACCAGCGCAUGCACACCAGUGGCCAGUCCUACGACUGCCCAUAUUGCGGUGAGGCGUUUGACAACUCGCAAGGGUUGCUGCGGCAGCUCCGGCGGGCUCACGCCCGCGAGCGGCUGCUCCCAAUGCAGCAAGUGUUUCAAGAGCGCAUGGGGGCUGCAGGAGCAUCAGCAGAUACACAUCGGAGAGAGAACCUUUGUGUGCGCUGAGUGUUUCAAGGGUUUCACCCGCAUGUCCAGCCUGUGGCAGCACCCCAAAGAUCAUAGACUGGAGCAAGAUAGUCCACUCAUUGAAAAAGUCAUAGUAGGUCAUGGGCUGGGCCGGCAUUUAGCCGAUUGGACCGAUUGCUCCAAAUUGGGCCCCGCGCCUAAGGGGGCCCUGCGCUAGAGUAAUCAAAUCAAUUGGAGCGAAGAUCUUAUAGCGCGCAAGAUGGUCCACUCCUGCGAAAUACAAUAGACUGACGUGUAGUCCGCACCGGAGCGUAACCACCGUCAUUUCAGUAACACCGACCUGACUAGUUAUGCCUCUCGCAGCGUUGUGGGGGAACAGUUUAGGUGUUUUAAAUGUUUUUCCCAUUUUCUUUUCAAACGGCACAUACCUUGUACAGAGAGGAACUGCAGAUGUUAGUUUAAACCAAAGACAGACACAAAAGGCUGGAGUAAAUCAGCGGAUCAGGCAGCAUCUCUGGAGAGGACUAGGUGAUAUUUCGGGUCGACUUUUUCAAUAGCUGCCACGAGGGGAGAAGCGCCGGCACCAAGAGCGAGCGAACGCGUGGACAUACGGACAAAAGCAAAGUUCAUAGAGCGGCAUUUGUAGACAUUUCGGGUCGAGACCCUUCUUCACUGACAGUCAAGGGAAAGGGAAACGUGAGAUAUCGGCAUAUCUUCCAUUCAUUUGUCCUUAGUACCGUCUAUAUCUCUUGCUCCUCUUCCCACUGAGUCAGUCUGAAGGAGGGUCUCGACCCGAAACGUCACCUACAAAGAUCUUUGGUCACCUAUUCUGCUCUGUGAUCAUUGCUUUUGUUCGUCUGUCCGCGCGUUCGCUCGCUCUUGGUGCCGGCGUUUCUCCCAUUAGUCUCCGCCAAACAAACACAGCAUGACCGGCAGAUCGGUGCGAGACCAGGAGCAGCUAUGAGGAGCAGGGCGAAGGAUGACAUCAAACGGGUCAUGGCAGCUAGCGAAAAAGUACGGAAAUGGUUAGGGGGAAAUCUAAAAAAACCCACGAAGGAAAUAGAUGUUUACCAA